AAAAAAAAACAAUAUAGCUCCUUGCCCCUGAGCAGGUGUGGAGGUGACUGUUUUCUCCGAUAGCUCGUGGCAAAAUUGUUACGUGAUGCGUAGCACUGUAAUGAGUGUCAUUUUUUCUGUCUAACGGGUUAUUCUUUUCAAUUGCUGUAUUCCAAUGUCUUGUGUCGUCUUAAGAUUUUUCUCUUUUUAUUGGUGGAAGAAUGGAUUCUGUGAUUUUCUUAAUGCUUUGCAUUCCUGUUAAGCCUCAUGGAAAAUACAGUUAUGGAGCAGUGAAGAAUAUCAGAAGGAAAUGUUCAAAAUGGCUACUAUGCUCCAGGAUGCACAUACGCUUGAAGCUACUUGUUCUGAAAAUGUUGAUGCUGAGCUGUCCUUUCUGCCUGAAAGACUGAGAAAGAAACUGCUUCCUUUUCAGGAGAAAGGCAUCAUAUUUGCGCUUCAGAGGAGUGGCAGGUGUAUGAUUGCUGACGAGAUGGGGCUAGGUAAAACAAUUCAAGCAAUUGCUAUUUCCUACUACUACAGAAAGGAAUGGCCUCUCUUAAUCGUAGUGCCUUCAUCUCUGAGAUAUCCUUGGGUUGAUGAGAUGGAAAAGUGGAUUCCAGAACUGUCUCCAGAUGAUAUUAGCAUCAUUCAGAACAAAACUGAUACUGGGAGAAUAUCAACCAGCAAAGUGACGAUUCUGGGAUAUGGCCUGUUAACUUCUGAUGCCCAAACUUUAGUAGACACUCUGUAUAGGCAGAACUUCAAGGUAGUUGUGAUUGAUGAAUCACACUACAUGAAAUCCAGAAAUGCUACGCGCAGCAAGAUUUUGUUGCCAAUCGUGCAGAAAGCCAUAAGAGCAAUUCUUCUUACUGGAACUCCUGCUUUAGGAAGACCUGAAGAGCUUUUUAUGCAGAUUGAGGCACUUUUUCCAAGAAGAUUUGGAACUUGGAGUGAAUAUGCCAAAAAAUACUGUGAUGCUCGUCUGAGAUUCUUUGGUAGAAGAAAACAAUGGGACUGUAGAGGAGCUUCAAAUUUAAAAGAAUUACAUCAACUUUUAAGAGAAAUAAUGAUCAGAAGACUGAAGAAUGAUGUUCUAACUCAAUUACCUCCCAAAGUUAGACAGCGUAUUCCAUUUGACCUCCCACAAGCUGCAGCUAAGAAUUUGAAUACUACUUUUGCAGAGUGGGAGAAAUUAAUGAGAAAGCUGAAUUCAGAGCCCACUGACAGCCAUUUUGUUGAAGUCAUGAGUUUAAUCACACGCAUGUAUAAAGAAACAGCCAUUGCCAAGGCAGGCGCAGUAAAGGACUACAUCAAAAUGAUGCUUGAAAAUGACAAACUGAAGUUCCUAGUUUUUGCUCACCACUUAAGCAUGCUUCAAGCUUGUACAGAGGCGGUUAUAGAAAAUAAGAUUCGCUACAUACGGAUAGAUGGAAGUGUUCCUUCUGCAGAAAGAAUACAUCUUGUUAAUCAGUUUCAGAAGGAUCCUGAUACCCGGGUUGCUAUUUUGAGUAUUCAGGCAGCUGGUCAGGGUUUAACUUUCACUGCUGCUACUCACGUUGUGUUUGCUGAAUUAUAUUGGGAUCCAGGCCAUAUUAAGCAAGCAGAAGACAGAGCACACCGGAUUGGGCAGUGCAGUUCUGUGAAUAUUCACUUCCUUAUUGCAAAAGGAACAUUGGAUCCUCUUAUGUGGGCCAUGCUGAAUCGCAAGGCCAAGGUUACAGGCAGCACCUUAAAUGGCAAAAAAGAGAAAAUGCAGGCUGAAGAAGGUGAUAAGGAGAAAUGGGAUUUUUUGAGUUUUGCUGAAACUUGGACCCCCAAUGAAAGUGUAGAAGAUCUCCAAAAUGAACUUCUAUUUACACAUUUUGAAAAGGAAAGACAGCAUGACAUACGUUCCUUCUUUUCCACAAAAUCCUCCACUGAAAAGAAACGCAAGAUGUUAUCAGAUAGGGAAUCAUCAAAGGUUGAUGCAGAGUCUUUUGAAGCCACGAAAGAAGAGGAUUCAGAGAAGAGCAGUGAAAAUCUGGAUUCCACAGGAAUAAGUGAUGAGGAUACAAUUUGUCAUGAAAGCACCUGUGAACGUGAAGCUAAAAGAGCAAGAAGCAUAAGUGGAUCUACUCCAGUCAGCUCCAGUAAGAAAAAGACUUUGACUGGAAAAAAGUCCACUUUGUUCACAGCAAAGAACAGUGAAGUCCUUCCUUGCAGCUCACGUACUUCAAGCAAAGGCACAGCUGUAAAUAAAGUUUGGCACUGUAGUGUUUGCACUUACAGUAAUAACGAAUUGCUUCCUUACUGUGAAAUGUGUAAUUGCCCUCAGAGCAAUAACGCUGAGAGAAACUGUGAAGUUCCUGCUAGCCAGGCUGAAGAAAACAUGUCAAAAGACUCCAGGAGAGAGAAACAGGGAGCAGCCUGGGAUGCUGAAGAUAGAGGAGAAGAUUUGGAGGAAUCGGUGACCCAGCAAUCUGAAAUCAGUGAACAAGAAGCUGGUAAAAUCAAAAGUGAAGAAAAUGAAAGAAGGUGUGGAGAAGGAGAUUUAGAUCAGUCAGACGCAUUUCUAGUGUACGAUGGCCUAAUGUUCUGUGCCAGCAGAAAUACUGAUAGAAUUCACCUCUAUACAAAGGAUGGUGAACCACUGAACCUGAAUUUCAUUCCAUUGGACAUACAGCUGGAUAACUGGGAGGAUUUACCAGAGAAUUUCCAACAUAAACGAAAUCGUUCAAUGAUACUGAGGUUUGUGAAAGAAUGGAGUCAUCUAACAGCAAUGAAACAGAAAAUUGUCAGAAAAAGCGGUCAGCUGUUUUGUAGUCCUAUUCAUGCUGCAGAGGAGUUGUCUAAAAGGCAGUCAGCAGUAAGCUGCACAAAAAGGUAUGUGACCAAGGAGGAUGUAGCAGCAGCCUCACUUAGCAAAGCGAGCAGCAGUGGGGGCAGCGUGCGCCUCAUCGCUAGAGCAAGUAGGGCUUGUCUGAAGAAUGAAAAUGCUUCUGUGGCACAACCAGGUCAUUCCACAAAGUUGUUUUUAGAGAGUGGAAAAAGUCCUUCAGUUCUUCCUUCCAAUUGGACGGAAGUUGAAGGCUCGUCCCUCCCCAAAGGCUAUUUGCAAGCCUUGGACGGUGAAGGGAACCCACUUUGUCUCCACUGUCAGCAGCCAACCGCUCAGCUUGACCAAAGCUGUCAGGCCCGUGCCUGGGACACACGGUUCUGCUCUCUUGCCUGCCAGGAGGACUUCUCAGUUCGUUCUAGUCAGAGCUACCUCAGGACUAAGGUGUUUGAAAUUGAACACGGUGUUUGCCAGUUCUGUCAUCGGAAUGCCCAGGAGCUUUAUCUCAACAUCAGAGAUGCGCCUAAGAGUCAGCGCAAGAAACUUCUGGAGAGCUCAUGGAUGUCUCACCUUCCACUUGGGCAGUUGAAUGAAAUUAUAACAAACCCAACAGAAGGUCAGUUCUGGCAGGUGGAUCACAUCAGGCCUGUUUACAGCGGAGGAGGACAGUGUUCCCUGGAAAACCUUCAGACUCUGUGUACAGUCUGCCACAGGGAGAGAACUGCAAAACAGGCCAAGGAAAGAAGUCAGAUGAAGAGACGCUCGUUAGCUACGAAGUAUGGUUGUGAUAUCACAAAGUUUUUUGUGAAGAUGUAAAAUACUAAGUAUAUUCAGUUACAUUAUAACUCAGGAACUAUUGUA